GGAGGGCGCGGGCCCCUCCUGCCGCUCCCCGCCCCGGCCGCCCGCCCCCCGCCCCCACCCGAGACCCGGGAAAGAUGCGCGAGGCAGGGUCAGGGUUGGGCAGCUUUGGGGACCGAUGGGCCAUUCGGGACACACAAGGGCACGCCAGGAGAGACAGUUUUGAGGCUGGAUGGAGACAGGAGGAUGUAGAGGGCAUUUGGGGGGAUAGUUUUGAGACUGGAUGGGAACAGGAGGAUGUGAAGGCAUUUGGGGGGACAGUUUUGAGGCUGGAUGGGAACAGGAGGAUGUAGAGGGCAUUUAGGGGGACUGUUGGGAACCGGUUUGAAGAUGGCUGGACCAUUCGCGGACAGUGUGGAGGCUGUUCCCGGAGGGCAGUUGGGAGGAGAGGGGCAUUUGGAGAGCAGUUUCAGAGACCACUGAAGGGACUGGGGGUUUUGGUGGUGGUGGUUUUUUUGGUUUAUUUUUUUAGGAUAUUUUUGGGACAGAUGGUUUGGGCGCUUGAUUUUGGAGAAUACUUCAGGCGUUUGGAGAGACAUAUAGGAAUGCAUAUCAGGCUGUAAUUCCGAAUGGACAGGCCUUGGAAUAUUCAGGGAACAGUUGUGCCAGGUGUAGUCUUGGAAGGGCAGAUGGAACAAUGUGGCUUUGAGGACUUGAAUAGGGGCCUCUUGGGGGCCAAAUGGGGACACUGGGGGGGUCGUUUGGAAAAGACUAUGGAUCAGUUUGCUGGAAGUGAGAUCACAGAGGUGGCCUCACACUAAGGACCAGGGGGACUUGGACAGUGGGGGCAGUGUGUUGGGAGAUCUCAGCUGUCAGGGUGGUGCUGGCAGUGGGUCUGGGUGGAUGGCUGGGGCAAUGGGCCUGGGGAAGAUGCCAGGGGGGCGCGAGCUUGGGAGACACUGUCUCAGGCCCCCCGCCCAGGACCACCUCCCCCCGCAGCUGCGGCUCAGCCCCACCGACCUCGGCUCCUGCCCGCCCUGCGGCCCCUGCCCCAUCCCGAAGCCGGCAGCCAGAGGCGGGCGCCAGGGCCAGGACUGGGGCAAAAGUGACGAGCGGCUGCUGCAGGCCGUGGAGAAUGAGGACGCAGCCGGCGUGGCCACGCUCCUCACCCGCAAGGGGCUGGUGCCUACAAAACUGGACCCCGAGGGCAAGUCCGCGUUCCACCUGGCGGCCAUGCGGGGUGCGGCCAGCUGUCUGGAGGUGAUGCUGGCCCACGGGGCCAAUGUCAUGAGCACUGACGGAGCAGGUUACAACGCCCUCCAUCUGGCCGCCAAGUACGGGCACCCACAGUGUUUGAAGCAGCUGCUGCAGGCGUCGUGCGUGGUGGACAUCGAGGACGGCAGUGGGUGGACAGCCCUGCAUCACGCAGCGGCGGGUGGCUGUCUCUCCUGCUCAGAGAUGCUCUGCUCCUUCAAGGCGCAUCUGAACCCGCGGGACCGGGUGAGUGGCUAUUUCAGAGAGAUCGGUUGGAGGCUCACUGCACAGGGUGGUGGCACCCGGGCUCCCUCUGCCAGGUGGCAGCGUCUGGGGAAGCUCAGGGCCGCCCCACGGGCCUCCCGGCCUCGGGGUCAGGUCUCACACUCCUCCUCCUACCAGUCGGGCGCCACGCCGCUCAUGAUAGCAGCUCAGAUGAGCCACACGGACCUGUGCCGUCUGCUCCUGCAGCAGGGGGCUGCUGCAAAUGACCAGGACCUGCAGGGCAGGACAGCCCUGAUGCUGGCCUGCGAGGCGGCCAGCCCUGAGACAGUGGAGGCGCUGCUGCAGGGCGGGGCCCAGCCGGGCAUCACUGACGCACUGGGCCAGGACGCCGCCCACUACGGUGCCCUAGCAGGGGACAAGCUCAUCCUGCGCCUUCUGCAAGAGGCUGCUCAGCGCCCCUCCCUGCCAAGUGAGGAUGACUCAGGCGAGGCAUCGUCUCAGAACUCUGUGUCCAGUCAUGAACAGCGAGGGGCUCCCAAGAAGCGGAAGGCGCCUCAGCCGCCCGCCAGCAUCCCCGUGCCGGACGAUCAAGAGGCCUACGAGGAGAUUGUGCGACUGCGGCAGGAGAGAGGCCACCUCCUGCAGAAGAUCCGGGGCCUGGAACAGCACAAAGAACGGCAGAAGCAGGAGGCACCCGCGAGAACUUGUCCAGGGAUGAUCGGACAGAGUGGAGGUGGGGCAGUAGGUGAGGACCCCCGCCGGAUCCGACCCUUGCCCCUUCUCCCCGGCAGCCCCAGGAGGCGGAGGCCAGCUCACUCCACAGCCUGGAAAGACAGGUACGAGAGCUGCAGCAGCAGCUGGCAGAGAAGCAGGAGGAGAAGGAGAGCCUGGGCAGAGAGGUGGAAAGUUUGCAGAGCCGGCUGUCCCUGCUGGAGAGCGAGCGGGAGAACACCAGCUAUGACGUGGCCACCCUGCAGGAUGAGGAGGGGGAGCUGCUUGAUUUUCCAGACCCCCUGCUCCUGUCCCUGUGUCCUGGGACCCGGCCUGACCCUGUGCCCCCCACCAGGAGCUGAGGCCCUGCUUUCCAAGCAGCUGAGCCCGAUGGCCCAGGAGCACCUGGCUUCGCUGCAGGAGCAGGUGGCUGCACUCACGAGACAGAACCAGGAGCUCAUGGAGAAAGUGCAGAUCCUGGAGAACUUCGAGAAGGACGAGAUGCAGAUGGAGGUGAACGGUUCUGCAGAGGUUGUCCCCCUCGUCCUCUAUGACUCUCUCCGGGCGGAGUUUGACCAGCUGAGAAAGCAGCAUGCGGAGGCCUUGCGUGCGCUGGAGCAGCAGGCGGCAGGGCAGGCCCCGGAAGCACGGGAGGCCGCCCACCACCACAUCCAGGACACGGAUGCCGGAGUCCACGGCAGCGCCAGCGCCGCCCCAAACGGACCAACAAGCGCGGAGCUAAAUGGCCCCACGGAUCAGGAAACCAGAGUUAACGGGGCUGAGAACACAGGUGAGGAGGCUGUGGGAGCUGAAGCCACCGAGGCCAGGACUCUGGAAGUAGCCACCGCAGUGCCCGAGGCUACAGCAGCGGCGGCGGAUGCGGAGGCCGCGGAAACGGAGGGGGCGGGAGCCCAGGCGGCCCAGGUCAUCGCAGGGAAGGCUGUGGACCCGGCAAACACUGAAGCCGCGGCCACUGGAGCUGGGGCCACUGGCUCAGAGGCCACCGAGACGGAAGCAAACCAUCCAGAGAAGGCCCGCAGAGUGGGUGGUGAGGAAGCGGGGCUCCCAGGCACCCGGGCUGCACACGUGGAGGCUGCGGGCUCUAAGGCUGCGGAUAUGGAGGCCCCCGGCCCUGGGGUCCCCGCUGGCCCUGGCCUACACCCUGGUGCUGCCGAGGCCUCGGAAAAGCUGCAGGCCGAGCUGGAGACCAGGAUUCGCGGCUUGGAGGAGGCGCUGCGGCAGCGAGAGCGGGAGGCGGCUGCCGAGCUGGAGGUAGCCCGCGGCAAGUGCGAGGCUGCGGAGGCCGAGGCCGGUCGGCUGCGGGCGCGGGUGCGCGAGGCCGAGGGCUGCGGGGCUGCCGGGGGCAGCGGUGGCGACACCGGCCAGCUGCGGGCGGCCCUGGAGCAGGCCCGGGAGGACCUUCGAGACCGCGACUCCCGCCUGCGGGAGCUGCAGGCGGCCUCGGCCUUGCUGGACGAGGCCCGGGCAGGCCGGCUGCUGGCCGAGGAGGAGGCCCGGGGCCUACGGGCGGAGCUGGCCCGGCGAGAGGAGGCGCGGCUGGAGCAGAGCCGGGAACUGGAGGCGCUGCGGGAGCAGCUGGCCGUGGCCACGGCCGCCGGGGAGCGGCAGCGGGCGGCGGCCGCCGAGCUGGGCCAAGCCCGGGAUGCCGCCGAGGCCCGGGCCGCAGAGCUGGCCGCGGCCUGCGAGGAGGCCCGGCGGGGCCUGGCGGAGCUGCGCGAGGCCUCCGAGGCGCUCCGCCAGGCGUCCGUGCCGGCCUGCGAGCACCGCCGGCUGCAGGAGGAGGCCCUGGAGCUGCGCGGCCGCGCGGCCGGCCUGGAGCAGGAGGUGGUGGCCAGCGGCAAGGAGGCCGCCCGGCUGCGGGCGGAGCUGGAACGUGAGCGCGCGGGCAGCGUGGCCCGCUCGGAGCACGAGCGCGAGGUGGGCGCGCUGCAGGCAGAGGUGGCCCGGCUGCAGGGCCAGCUGGAGGAGCUGGCGCGGAGGCACGAGAAGACCAGCGCCGAGGUCUUCCAGGUGCAGCGGGAGGCGCUGUUCAUGAAGAGGGAGCGGCACGCUGCCGAGGCGCAGCUGGCCACCGCGGAGCAGCAGCUACGGGGCCUGCGCACCGAGGCCGAGAGGGCACGCGAGGCCCAGACCCGCGCCCAGGAGGCCCUGGACAAGGCCAAGGAGAAGGACAAGAAGAUCACAGAACUGUCCAAGGAGGUCUUCAGUCUUAAGGAGGCCCUGAAGGAGCAGCCGGCCGCCCCCGCCACGCCCGAGGUGGAGGCCCUGCGUGGCCAGGUGAAGGUUCUGCAGCGGCAGAUGGAGGAGGCUGCCCGGGCCCACUGUGCCGUGGUGGCCCUGUACCGGAGCCACCUCCUGUACGCCAUUCAGGGCCAGAUGGAUGAGGACGUGCAGCGGAUCCUCAGUCAGAUCCUACAGAUGCAAAGACUCCAGGCCCAGGGCCGCUGAGGCCAGGAGGCUGCACGGCCCCCAGGCUCAGAACCCAGGCCCCGCAGCCGCCCCUCAGACCAGCAGCUCCUGCCCCCCAGGGUGACGGGGCUUGUCAGUCACUCGGAGACCAGCCUGGGACCCUCCCUGACUGGCCCUAGUGGCUCCAUCACCCAACCUCGUCGCUGCACACUGUGGUCAGUCUGGUGUCCCCUCCCUGCCCACGGGAGCAUCUGUGACUCCUGUGUCCUCCCAGGUCCCAUCACCAACACCAGUGCAGAAAUAAAAGAUUCUGUGCACAGGACAAACGCACACGUGGCCUGAUUGCCAGGCGUCUGCAGCAGGGCCGGGAAGGGUGGCCAGGCUCCAUAGUGCAGCCUUCAAACAAACAAGAGCUGGCCGCUGGCGCUCACGGGCCCUGGGUUCCUCCAGCCCUGGAAACGGAAACAGCAGAAGCCAGGGGCCAUGGCCACGCCUGUGAUCCAAGCAACUCAGAGGCCCAGGCAGGAGGAUCACAGGUUCCCGGGCAGCCUCAGCAACAGUGAGACCCUGUCUCUAAGUGAAAAGUAAAAAGGGCUGGGGCUGGGGCUCCCUGGUAGGGCACCCCUGGGUUCAGUCCCCGGUUCAAAAAAUAAAAUAAAAUAAGAUCCAACAACGGGCACGGUCUCUGAUGUCAGAGGCCGCACCUCUUCCUGACCGGCACCACCGGCACCUCCAGAUCCAACCCGUCCGCUCUCCUGUACUGGAACUGGGCCCAGGCAAGGGCUCUGCCCCUGACUCCAUCCCGGCCCUUUUUAGUCUGCGUUUUGAGACAGGGUCUCACUGAGUUGCCCAGCCUGGCCUCAAACUUGCCAUCCUUCAGCCUCGGCCUCCUGAGUUGCUGGGAUGACAUCUGUGCCACAGUGCCUGCCAGCUUUCCUCGAGAAUCUCACUUCCUACCUGGGUCUCAUCCCAGGCAGGGGCUCGGGGGCUGACCCGGCCUCUCCCGAUCCCUCCUGCAAAUCCCCGGAAAUCCCCGAGGGCUCCUGGCUCUUUUCAGCUAAGGGAGAGGAGGCAGGGUGUGGCUGGGAAUUUCCUGGUGGUGUCCAGCCUGUCCCUGGGGGUUUCCUUGUGUCCAGGUCAGGCACCAUGGGCAGGAGGGUCUCAGCUGACCCCAGACACCCAGGAAGCAUGCAGAAUAUGGGGCGCUGCUUCUCCGGGGCCAGGGCUCCUGGUCGCUGUGGCCCGAGCCUAGUGUGGGCAGGGGAGGCUGUCCCCGGCCCGAGUGGGCCACAGCUCUGCCCUGCUGCUGGUCCCCGCAGCUCUGCGGUCUGUCGGCCCCUCUGCCUAUCUCUUCUCUGAGUCCCUCUCUGUCACUUCUCAGGAGUCUCUAUUUCCAUCUCUCUCCUCUGUCCCUCAGUCCCCACCUGCAUCCUCCUGUCCCUUCUCUGACUCCAUCUCUCCUCUGUCCCUGGUCCCCACCUGCGUCCUCCUGUCCCUUCUCUGACUCCAUCUCUCCUCUGUCCCUGGU